CGUGUUUAAUUUCCAGCUUUACAAACAAUCAAUAGCCAAUCGCACGUUGAUUUGCCUGCACACUAAGCUCCACUUAACUUCCAGUCAUACAGCGGAUGAUCAAAACAUCUUGUUAGACAGUCACAUCGGUAAACUUCAAGACCAUGAACGCGCCUCCGCACUAUGACGCCCAUGAACACGAUGGCGUCUGUCGACCCCCUGUGUACACGCCAGCUGUGCACCAUGUCUCUUUGAACUUCCUAUGCCAGGAAAAAACCAGGGGAAAAAGGAGAUUAGCCUCCUACGAGCCCGUCAUUUUUGAAAUAAAUUCAACACAGGUCAACAUUUACAAUAUUCACCCCUUGUACAGAAAAUAUGCCAACUUCUACUUAGACAAGCUUCGUCCCGAAUAUAUUGAUCCUGAACUAAACAUCAAACUGGAGCCCUUGGAAUCUGAUGUGGGAGAUGUAUAUUCUCGGGGAAAUGGGCGUGUCGACCCUUCAGGGGCCAGGCAGAUCUUUCGCAGACUGUCGGUUAACAAAAGGGAGAAGUCUGUGACUCUUUCUGAAGCUCAGCUGGCGUCCAAAAACUGCGAUAGAAUACACCAGUUGCUACUACAUCGCCCUGAUUUUGGAAAGUUGACCUCAGUGGACAAAGACGACACGGACAAAACCCUGCACUUCAUCAAAAGAGAAAAGCUAUUUACUUUCUCUUUGCAGGAGCUGAUAGAUUUUGGCAAUGCUGCAGACUACCCAUACAAGCCGUUCACACUUCGUCUUUUAUUCCCGCAGGAUCAAUUCCUUUUAACCUCAUACAAUUCUGCAACAUUUGUGGGAAUAUACUACAAGCUCAACAUUGCCAGAGAACUAUCGCUUGAUCUCGAUAUACGUGCUGAGAUGCCGAUCGAUCACUCUGUGCCCCAUAGAAGGCCUUCAGGCAGGGCAAGUCGAUCUGGCAGCAUUGCAACAAAUGAGUCGUCGGUCAUUAGCGUUGACAGCUAUGAUGAGGAUGAGGAGUCUCUGUUUUCAGAGCCCCUUGAUCUUGAGGCUACGAAUGCUUCGGAGCCUCCUUCUCAAAAAGAUGCUGAUAGUUCAAGGCAGCAAGUCAAUAGUACAAGGAAGGAUAUCGAGCGGUACAAAGAGUUAGUGUACACAAUCAGAUGCAUCAAAAUAUUCAAGAGUUCAAGUUAGUUAUUCGUUUGAUCCCCGAUACAAUAUUCAAAGGCAGACGUCAGUGACCCAAGGUCUAUGCCUCCUUGUAUGCUUUUCAGUUCUUCAUAUGUCGUUUUUAGCAACUCAAGAUGUUUGUUAGGUGCGUCCAAAAAUAACAUAUCUAGCGAAAGAUCUGUUUCCAGCACAAAAGUGGUUUCUUUUGCAGCACUUGAGAUCUUUUGCAAUGUAUCUUUAUAUUUAUCUAAAUUGAGAACUUUGCUAACACUAAGUCGAAUAUUAGGAUAUUUUUUCAUCCACAGCUUAAACUGGUCGUAGGAACCACUAUAGCUAUGCAGAGUCACCAAGCUGGAUGAUUUUAUGAUUUUUUGGACGCUCUCAAGUAGCUUACCAUGACACCCGACACAAUGAAUACUCACAGGCCUAUUUUUUGCUUGUGCCAUCCGUAGGAAAGCCUCAAAUAUUAUGAUUUGAUGGUUCAUUGAGACUCGACAAGGACUCAGGCCAAGACCUUCCCGAGGUCCCAUGAAUCCGGAAUAGGGGACACGAAACACUUUAUCUAGCCCAAUUUCACCAAUGGCGCCACCUUCUUCCAGGUACUGCUCGAUUGUCUUUAUGUGAUCGUUAAGGUAGAUAGGCAUAGGAAGAUUUGUCAAGAGCUCCCGUGGCGGGGGAGGAUUUAGGAUUUGGUGAUAGUGGUUUCGUUUCUCUUCUUCUGUAUUGACUGGUACAACAGAGAAUAAAUGCGAGUACCAUGGAUGGAUGCCAUAAGAGGGAAAUACAGCGGGAACCUCCAUAGCUAAUUGGCGAACAAAUUGCAGAUCUAUGUGAUUCGUGGACAUUAAGUUCACCAAAGGCUUGUCUACGCGGGACAAUGCGCAAUGAAUCACACCCUUGAAUCUUUCAAAUGC